GCCGAUCUGGCAUCGGACGGGCCCAAGCUCUAGCUCCACCGCACCGACGUCACUUCACCACGGAACGUUUGUCUCACGUGAAACUUCGCAGCCAAAACACGCGCGUCGCGUGUUGUUCAGGACGAGCAAUGGACGAUGUCGAAAACAAACAUGGUGCGCCUCGGGCGCUCUUCGAUUCUGUCAAAGACAUAUCACUCACACCCUUCCGCAUAGCGACGUCCCCACCUCUCCUGAGGACUUACCUCCGCACCUUGCUCCUCCUACUCACGUCCUCGCUUCUGUUCGCCGCCGCCGUGAUAGCGUACACCUCGUUCUACUACGCCUACAUUCCCAUCCGCGGGCUCCAGGUGCCGGUAUACCUGCAGUAUGAGCACUCCCCCUCCGUAGCGACUACGCGCGAUACACCUCCGGUCGACCUUCGGAUCCCCAAGCAACCCUACGGCAUCGCCAACAUCGACGGCCUCGUCUCCCGCCAGAAAUACGAUGUCGAAGUCACCAUGGUCCUACCGCGCAGCGAGAACAACCUUGCAGCGGGGAACUGGAUGGUUGGGCUAGACAUGCGGGGUCCCGGGACGCGUUCCCCUGGCAUCAAGUCGCUGCUGGGAUGGGAGGACGAGUGGGAAGUGGAGGAUUACUCACAGGGCCCGAAUUCUGGAACAACCAAGGAGGGCAUCUCCCCAGAAGAGGCCGCUCAGGCUGCUUUGCGAAAAACGGAGGUCCUUGCACGGAGUAGACGGCCUGCUAUCCUGACAUACAGGAGUUGGCUGACCGAGAUGUGUUAUCGGGCGUUGCGGCUCCCCCUGUAUGUUGUCGGGUGGGGGACCGAGAGCGAGACGGUGAGCGUAAUGGUCAUGGAGGGCGUGCAGUUCGAGAAAGGAUGGAGAAAUGUGCCGGCUUCGAUCCGACUAGAAUUGCGGUCCAAGACCCCGCUCGAGGUGUAUCGGGUGAGCGUGAGGUUCGUAGCGAAGCUGGAGGGUCUGCGGUGGGUCAUGUACACCCACCGACUCACUUCGGCCGCGGUGUUCAUCGGUGUGUUUUGGGGGGUCGAGAUGGGUGUACUGCUCUUCACAUGGGCGUUGUUUGCAUUUUGCAUGGGCACAGUCGACGACGAGAAUACAACGCAGGGUGGAGAGAAAGUGAAGACCGAGCGGGGCACCGUUACGCCCAAGACUGAGCCUGCGGAAUCAGAACCACCGACGCCAAUGAGCGACACCGAUCGCGCGUUCCCGACUCUUUCUACACAGCAACCACUUCGUUACUCAUCCUCUUCACCGAAGGAGGAGCGAGCUACGCCGGCACUCGAAGAUAUACCCACCAGGGAAGAGGCUGAAGCCGAUGACGAGGAUGAUGAUUUCCUGGUGGAGGAACCCAUACCGAAUUCCGCAGCGGGCGUUCUGACAGAUUCGGGAAUUGGCACAAGUAUGGAGAGCAGCAUUGAGCGGAAGGGUUUGAACAGGCGAAAAUCGCAACGAGAUAGGUAGUUUAGCCAAGUGCUUCAGCGUGACGAGUGUAGACAGGAUUGGCGAUUCCAAUGAUAUGGUCACGCGCCAUGCAAACAUACCACUUCCGUACUGGCUGCAAUUAGAUUAUGUCGACAUUCU